AUGAAGGCUACUUUCUUCCUCGCCGCUGCUGGCCUCGUUGCCGCCCAGGACUUUGGUGGUCAACCCGAGUGUGCUGUAAGUCACCCUGAUCCAAUGGAACACAUCCAUCCAUCCAAUGACAGCGCCCAACUAACAUCCAUCCCACAGCUCAAAUGUCUCCAGGAGAACAUCCCCAAGGCCGGCUGCAAGCUCGAGGACACCGCCUGCCAAUGCGCCUCCGAUUUCCAGGAGAAACUCCUCCCCAUCAUCACCCCUUGCCUGACCAAGGCCUGCGAGGCCCAAGACCUCCUCAAGGCUCAGUCGGCUGCCGCCGAGGCCUGCAAGGAGUUUGCUAAGACCGCCGGCUCCGGCUCCAGCAAGCCUACCGCUACCUCUGCUGCUGCCACCUCCGGCGCCGUCACCGUCAGCAUCGACACCUCAGUCACCGGCUCCGCCAGCGUCCCUGCUAUCUUCUCCAGCAUCCCUGAGGAGUCUACUGUUGUCCCCGUUACUCCCCACCCCGGCAACGGAACCUCUACCAAGACCAACGGAGCUUCCACCCCCACUGGAACUUCUGGCUCUGGUUCAGGCAGCGAGAGCAGCGCCAGCAGUGUUCCUACCGGUAACGCUGCUGCUGUUGCUGGCCCUGCCUUCGGUCUCCUCGCUGCCCUCGGUGCUGUCCUUGCUCUGUAA